UCUUCUUUAAAUCUUUAGUGUUUUUUAAAAUUUUCUCCAUAAAUUGUAAAUUCAAUUCAUCAAUUUUCGACUAGAAUAAUUAUUAAUUAAGAGCGAAUUAAUUUUAAUUGAAUAUUUUAAUAAACUGUAUAAUAUGAUCAGUAGUGUUUUAUUAGUCAUCGUAAGUGUUCUUCUGAUCGUUAAUUUCACAUGGAGAAAAAGAAACAAGAAGAAACUUCCCCCAGGUCCAUUCGCUUGGCCAUUUAUUGGGAAUCUUCAUCUUCUUCGUCAAUUGUCACGUGAUUUUGGAGGUCAACACUUAGCCUUUUUAGAAUUAUCACGACGUUAUAAUAGUGAUUUAAUAUCAUUAAAACUCGGUAGAAAUAGAAUAACAGUCGUUUCGGGUGAUAAAGGCAUUCAAUACGUGCUCAAAAAUGGAGAAUUCGAUGGAAGACCGUGGGACGAAUUUAUAAAACUACGAAAUAUGGGUCUUCGAAAAGGAAUAACAAUGUCAGACGGUCCAGAGUGGAAAGAAAUUCGCGGCUGGUUUGUUCGUACAUUUCGUGAACUUGGAUUUGGCAAGAGUCAUAUGUUUCAUUUGAUUCGAGAUGAACUCGUUGAGAUUUUAGAGAAUUUAGGCGAGGGUGGUGUUCGUUAUUUAAAGUCAGUGACAAUGAAUGCAGUUAUAAAUGUUUUAUGGAGAUUAACCGCUGGAAAACGUUUCAGCGAUGAGAAAAAACUAAAAUACUUUAUUGAUUUAAUGGAUAGGAGAGCGAAGGCCUUUAGUAUGGGUGGAGGAAUUCUUUCAAGUAUCCCCUGGAUUCGUUAUAUUGCUCCAGAGGCCUCAGGUUACAAUCUUCUUAUGACACUGAACAAAGAGCUUAAAAGUUUCUUCACGGACACAAUUGAAGAUCACAAGAAGAACUUUAAGCCAGGAAAGGAUAAUGAUUUGAUUGACAUGUUCCUUCAAGAAAUGUAUUUUGGAAAAGGACCUUCUGCUGGAUUUACUGAGGACCAGUUGGUUUUAAUUCUAAUGGAUAUUUUCAUCGCCGGUACAUUGACAACCACUACGACUUUAGAUUUUAUUUUUCUUAACGUUCUCAUUCAUCAAGAUGUUCAACGAAAGCUUCAUGAAGAAAUUGACUCGAUUAUCGGUCGUGAAAAAUUGCCGGAAAUAAACGAUAGACAAAGUUUACCAUAUUUGGAAGCAGUUUGCGCGGAAUCACAGCGAUUGUGUUUGGUGACACCAACAAUUGGUCCACGUCGUGUACUCCGUGACACUGAAUUACUCGGCUAUUAUAUUCCUAAAAAUUCGACUAUUCUAAUUAACGUCUACAGUUCGAAUACAUGUAAAAUUCGCUACAAAGAUCCCACGUCAUUCAAUCCGGAAAGAUUCAUUGAAAACGGAUUAUAUCAGCAUGACGAAACCUUAAUUCUAUUUGGACAAGGUAAAAGAAGAUGUCCCGGAGAAAUUUUGGCAAAAUCAGCAAUUUUUCUACUAAGUUCAGGUGUACUGCAAAAUUUCGAACUUCAUCCAGUUCCGGGACAAGAACUCCCUUCACUAAAAAUCGUUCCAGGCUUAACAAUAUCACCGAAACCUUACGAAGUUUUACUCAAACGGCGAAAACAAUUUAAUGAAUAAUAAUUGCUUCCUCCUAAAGGAAGCUUUGUAUUUUUGUUUUUAAUCACUGACUGGAAUACUCGAUUAUGAAAUUCAGUAUUGAUAAAAUUUUUAUCCAUCAAAGACUCAUUAAUUAUAAGUUAUUAGUUAUAAGUUAAUUCUGAUUGUCGGGAACUCGAACUGUCCAAUUAGACGAUUUUUAUAAAUUUUAAGUUGAAAAAAAGAACAAAUCUAUUGCAAUUAAUGAAUUGAAAAUAAAAAAUUGUCAAUUUUA